AUGGCGCCUAGACUUCCUCCUCCCCCGCAGCCUAACGAGCCCGAUACGUCCAACAGUGCAAGAUUGAUGGAGGCUGUGAUUGAUAGAUUGCAGCAGCAAAAUACCACUUUAAUGGAACAGAAUGCCACGCUGAUGCAGCAGAAUCAGAACGCCAUGCAGAGCUUGGAGGCCGCUCGUGCCAGCUCUGAGACUACACAGCGGCAACUGAUGGAAAUUCUUGCUGCAACCAGGGGCACGCCGGGGGCGUCCUCUUCUACUGCUACACCACAUGCUGAGUGGAGUUUGGAAAGCUUCCUUCAACAUCGACCAGCCAAGUUUAGUGGGACGUGUCUUCCUGAUGAGGCAGAUCAAUGGCUGCGUGACAUGGAGAGAAUUUACAACGCUAAGAUGUGCCCAGAUGAGAACCGUUUAGCCUUCACAGAAUACCUUCUAACGGGAGAAGCGAGCCACUGGUGGGCGAGCGUGAGGGCCAUAUUAACGGACGCUCACAGUCCUAUCACUUGGGAAGUUUUCAGAAGCAAAUUCUAUGAAGAAUAUUUUCCAUAUAGCGUCCGUUUCACCAAAGAGGCAGAGUUCCUACAGUUGACACAAGGAGGAAUGACCGUUUCUGAGUAUACGAACAAGUUUAAGCACUUGGUUCGUUUUAAUACCAUGGCAACCAGUGCGGAGUGGCAGUGUAGAAAAUUUGAGAAUGGUUUGAGGAGCGAUCUGAAGGUGUUAAUCUCCAGCCUGUGUAUCCGUUCUUUUCCUGCAAUGGUUGAGAGAGCAAAGGUGUUGGAGAAGAACAUGGCUGAAGCCGAACAGCGUAAGAAGCAACAGACUUCCAGGGGACCGAUACUAACAAGACCAAAUCUGACUCGGAAUAGUACUCCAUACGCGCGUCCAGUUCAGUCGAGUGGUUCACAAGCGUUGGUGGUUGCUGGGCAGUCGGGACAACCAGGGGCAGUGAGAUGUUUUCAAUGUGGAGGACCCCAUUACAAGUCAGCUUGUCCUCAAUUGGUAGGAGUAAAAUAUUGCACUCGUUGUAGAAGACACGGCCACUUGGAGAACGAGUGCAAUAUGGGUGGGCGUGCAGUGAUGAGGCCACCCAACACUGGAAGGAAUCAGACUAGAGGGGGUGGACGAGCCCAAGCUGUUGGGCGUGUGUAUGCGAUCACUGGUGCAGAAGAAGCAAGUUCAAGUACACUUAUCACCAGUACGUGCGUGUUAUAUGGAAUGAAUUGUUGUGUAUUAUUUGACUCGGGGGCGACACACUCCUUCAUCUCGAAGGCGUGCGUUGAUAAGUUGGGGAUAGUCGAGAGCGAGAUGCAUUUUGACUUGGUGGUUUCAACCCCGGCAGCGGGAGAGAUUAGGACAUCUACUGUGUGCGUUAGAUGUCCUAUUGAAGUAGAAGGGCGUAGAUACAAGGUGAACUUAAUAUAUUGUGGAGCUAAGAAGUUAAUUUUCCCUGAAGAAUAUGAAGAGGAGUUGGGUGUGAGGCUCGGCCAGUUGAAAGAAGAUAUUAUGGAGGGCGCGAGUUGUUUCUUGAUUAUGACGCAUGAAGACAUAGAGGUUGCGGAUAAGAGUUUUGAACGUUCGUCCAAUAAGUACACUGAAGGACGAACGGUUGUGGACGAAUUCCCGGACGUCUUUCCGGAUGAGGUGCCUGGAUUGCCUCCCGUUCGUGAAGUUGAGUUUACCAUAGAUUUGGUAACUACCGCGGCUCCUAUAUCCGUUCAACCAUACAGAAUGGCACCUGCUGAAUUGGUUGAGCUUAAAAAGCAAAUUGAAGAGUUGAUGGACAAGAGAUUCAUCCGUCCAAGCCUGACCAUCAAGAAUAAAUACCCCCUGCCUCGCAUUGACGAUCUACUGGAUCAAUUACAUGGAGCGAGCGUCUUCUCAAAGAUUGAUCUAAGAUCGGGAUACCACCAAAUUCGGGUUAAGGAAGGAGAUAUUCAUAAGACGGCCUUUAGAUCUCGGUAUGGACAUUAUGAGUACGUAGUCAUGCCGUUCGGUGUGACGAACGCUCCAGCAGUCUUCAUGGACUACACGAAUAGGAUCUUCAGGCCGUACUUGGACAAGUUCGUGGUGGUGUUUAUUGAUGAUAUUCUCAUUUACUCCAAGAGCUGCGAGGAGCAUGAAGAGCACUUGAGAUUAGUACUUGGAGUGUUGAGGGAAAAGGAGUUGUACGCUAAGUUGACCAAGUGCGAAUUCUGGAUGAAGGAAGUACAAUUCUUGGGGCACGUCGUAUCUGCUGGUGGAAUUUCAGUCGACCCAGCCAAAGAAUUGAAUAUGAGGCAGCGGAGGUGGCUUGAAUUCCUAAAGGAUUAUGAUUUUGAAUUGCUUUAUCACCCUGGUAAAGCGAACGUUGUGGCGGAUGCUCUAAGCAGAAAGGCGGUUCAUGUCUCGGUAAUGAUGGUUAAAGAGCGAAGUUUGGUGGAGAGUUUCCGAGACCUAAGGUUACAGUUCGAGUUAGGAGCGAACGUUAUCAAAUGCUGUAACCUUAGUAUUUCGAGCAACGUGUUUGAUCGUAUCAAGACGAAGCAACGAGAGGAUGAAGAGCUAGUGAAGAUCUUAGGCGCGCUCGGUACGGAUCAAGCUAAGUGGUUCAACACUGGAACGGACGACAUGUUACGUUACAUGUUAUGUUACUGA